AUGUGCGAUCGUCUUUGUAUGGCAUUUUCAUUGAAAGAAUUACAAGCAUUAAUACAAUUAAGAGAUGCUGAUACUACGAUUGGUCCUAAUUAUGUAGAAUUAGGUACUAAAUUAAAACCUAUUCAAACAUAUAAUGCAUUACGAAAUAGUCCAUGUCCUAUAUUACUUUCUGAGAAACAUAUUUAUGAUGGUAUACCAUCAAAUUCAACUGUACUUGCUAUUAUGCAAUGGGGUUUAUUACUAUCAUGGAAAAUUGAAGGUAAAACAAAAUCAAAAUAUCGUAUAGCAAAUACAGUUAAUACGCCAACAAAUAUAUCUCAUAGAAUAGCUCCAUAUAUACCAGCUAUAUUCAAUAGUAUUCAACAAGCACUUGAUUGGAUUGAUUUUGAUUGUAUAGAUAUGAAUGAAGCACUUAAACUAUUAGAAAAUCAUCAACAAAAUCUUGUCAUAGAUCUCGUAUCAAAUCAUGUUUUUAAAAGAUCAAAUACUGGUCUAGAAUGUAUAGAAAUUAUAUGCGAAUCAACCAUAGAAAAAUCAUCAACAAAUAUCAAAUCGGAAGAUGAUAUCGAUAUGAAAAUAAUUGAAAAACCUACUGAAGAUAUUGAACAACAACAUGAAAAUGCAUCAUAUCAACAAAAGAAAAAGACAUUAUCAAAAGCCUUCGAAUAA